AUGGCAUCCUCCAGUACCAUCUUCAAAUAUCCUCCUCGCCUCUAUGACGAAGGAAAAUCUAUUUUGCAACAUCAUAGCAUGAACCACAACUGUUAUUUGUCGAAAAUUGGGCUCAUUCGAGAAGGAUUAGGUCAGGACGUCUGGGACAAAUUGAAGGAAUCAUCUCUUGGUGUAUUUAUAAAGCUUGCUGAUGCGGAAUACACAUGGGCUGCAAAGAAGGUUCACUUUAUCCUCACAAAUCAGCUGCGAGUAAACAACUUGCAUGAGAUUUGGUCUUUGAUUGAUGGUAGACCAAUCCGAUUCUCUUUAAAUGAGUUUGCGGAUAUAACAAGCCUAAACUGUGGUGUUAUUGAGCCGUCAGACAUUUGCCAAGCUGAUCACAGUGAGCUUUGGGAAGCAAUGAAAGUGGGAACCUCUGACGGAAACACCAUGGAUAGUGACCAAGAAAGAAAGAAAAUUGCUGCAAGAAACGCUGCACGUGGUUUUGCUAUUAUCAACAAGAGGAUUCCAGCCUCUGCUUGGACCGGUCAUGCCAAUUUCGUGAGAGAAGAUAGGCCAGAACAUGAAGGAGGAGGCUCCUCGAGCUCAAGAACUGACGAUGCUGAACGUCUUGCUAGAAGGAGAAGAGAGAUAAGCCGUGGAAUAGGAGAGGAUUAUGGGAUGAGAAGACCUACAUUGACGGGUGUUCGACUACUCGAUUGGCAGUCAACUCGGAAAGGUAUAAAGUUAAAAGAAUUCCUCAUAAAGGAGAAGACUAAGCAUGGUCAGAUGCGUGUAAGGCACAUGAUUCCUGUUUCAGAGGAUAACAUGUACCCUAAAUGGGGAGAUGCGGAUGCUGAUGCGAAUAAGGAUCAAUUACUAGACAACCUGAUUAAAGAUAUCAUCAAUAACCAGUUACCUUUGAAUGCUUGGGAUGGUGUGGGCUCUGUUGUUGUGGCAAACAAGAAUGUGGCAAAGAAGAAAAGAAAAUUAAACAUUGAAGCUGAGGUGGAGAGUAGUAUCAAGUGCCAGAAAAACAAAAUGAAAGUGGCUGUCCAUAUUGCAGAGGAAGAUGAAAAAAUCCCAAAUAAGAAGCAGAAAACAUCGAAAGAAUAUGUGGAGGUAUAUUGGUCACAAAUCUCUUUUUAA